GCACUAAUCGCAGCCAUUUCACGGUUCAUGCAGAUUCAGCGUGGAAAUACCUCAUGGCCUUUGCGGUGACAAUUAACACGAGAAAGCUCCUGAGCUGCAAGUUUAAAGACGGCUCGGACAACCAGAUCUUGGCGAGUUUUGCCGGCAUCAAAGUGUUCAGCACAACGUGGGUCAUUCUCGGACACACCUACUUCAUCGUGGACAUCAGUGCUCUCCGCAGCUACUUCAAGGUUAUCGACGCCACAGAAGAGCCCUUCUUCACAUUAAUUGGAAACGCCUUCCCAAGUAUCGCAACGUUCUUCUUUAUUGGGGGAUUCCUGUUGUCCUUCAAUGUGCUGAAAAGAAUGAGGAAUCUCAGAGGUCAUUACCUCAUCGUCCUGUGGAUCAUGCUGAUUCGUCGUUACAUUCGGUUGACGCUACCCGUGAUGUUCAUGGUGGGCUUUGGCUUCGUUCUGAGCAUGUGCAUACGUGGACCGGCCUUUUACGAGUUCCUGGGACACAACGACGAGCGCUGCUACGAAACCUGGUGGAUGGUGCUGCUGCACAUCAACAACUGGCAGUCCUUCCUCAACAUGUGCAACCCGUUUUACUGGUACAUCAGCGUUGAUUGGCAACUCUACAUGGUGUUCUGCGCAGUGCCCCUCAUCAUGAUCAGGAGGGAGAAGCUGGGCGUGUUCCUGCUGCUGGGCAGUACGGUGGCCACGGCCGCUUACGUCAUCUUCCAGACGUAUACGCUCGACUACCAGCCUCUGCCGCUGCUGCUCUCCGACCCGAACCAAGCGCGACCUUCGAACACGGUGGACUUCGUGUACAUCAAGCCGUUCACGCACGUCGGGUCUUACUGCAUCGGAAUCUUGUUCGGCUACCUGACCCUCAAGUACGAGCACGUCAAGAUUAGUAAGGUCGUCCAGGCCGGGCUGUGGAUGGCGUCGACUGCCAUCGCGCUGUGCGUGAUCAUGGUGCCGUACGAGUGGCAGAAGGGCAACUUCCCCAGCCAGCUGGAGGCUGGCCUGUACGCUGGCCUGCACCGCACCGCCUGGGCCGUGGCUGUCGGCUGGCUCAUUUUCGCCUGCGUCACCGGACGCGCAGGAGUCGUCAACAAGUUCCUAUCAUGGUCGUUCUUCGUGCCACUCAGUAGGCUCUCGUUGGGCGCCUACCUGACCUCGGUCUUCAUUCUCGCCAUCCGAGUAACGUACCGGCGAGAGAUCGCUGAGUAUCACCACUUUCCCAUGGUGAUGCUGUUUUUCGGCACGACGAUGCUCAGCUACAUAGCGGCGUACGUGCUCUUCUUGGUGAUUGAGUGUCCAAUCGGCCUUAUCGAGAAGUACAUUUUCAUGUCUAAGGCCGUUGUGGAGCGACACUCUGAGAACAACGCACAAACCAACGGCGCAUUCAACGGUUCUGUCGAAAAGAUGACACCGGCAGAGAAAGAGAAGCGAUUUGUCGUCGAGCGCUUCUGAGGGUAGAUUAGGCUAGGAUUUGAGAAUACUUAGAUACCAGAUGGCUUGUGGCGGCGUUGAGAAUCGUACAAAUUUCAGAAGAGCCUUUUCAUGGGAAUAUGGAGCAAAAGCUCUUUGACGAUAUCGUCCACCAUGAGGGCACUUCUGCCACCCCAGGUACCAGAAGUAUGAGGCGCCGAUUGAGGCCUGUCAGUCCAUGCCGGUUAUAAAACCUGCGAAAGUAGGACGAAAGGGAGGGCGAUAACGCAUGGCGUUGAUAAAGAAAAAGUGACCGCUUAUCUUUGCAGUUGAAAAGUAUGCAGCAGAAAGUUGCUUUUACGUUUAUAGAUGCAAUUUUUAUUUCUUAGGCCGCAAUUGACGCCAGGGGCUGUAUACUUCUUCGUCUGUACAAAUAUCCUUGGUAAUCAGCGCCACGUACGUGUUCCCGUCUCUCAUUGCGCCCUCCUUUAACGCUAUUUUUCGCAGUUAUCUAAAUUUCGGGGAAUCUCUAUCUGCGCGAAACGUAUGAUAAAAGCGCUGAAGUGACCAUGCUUCACAAGCCGACCUUGAUAAGUGGGAAUGCAUUGCAAUCGUCAUUUUACUUCAAUAUUUGUUCCUCGAGGGAAGUGUACAUAGAAGAGGUAAAAAGGGAGGAACGAAACUCCUUAGGAGUUCGCGCCUGGCGUUUGCAAGGAGCCCUCGAUUCGCGAGAAUGUGCCCCCAUUUCCGAUUGACAUUGUGAUAAGAUUCACACUCCUGCGAAGGAGAGACGUAAGGAGUGGUUUAUCGUGGCACCCUGCAUUCGAAUGCCGUUGAAGUGGGCGCCGGCUGCGACCCGAGCUCGAACAGAAGCAAAGUGGUUCUGUUGUCGCUUUCAAGCGACAACAGAUUCAGCGGCAGGCCCUUACCGCGGAAGCUUUGUGACUCGCGGGUUUACGGCUUUAUUCCCUCGCGCACUGCCAGUUUCGUACAGCCUCCCUGGAGCACCUAAGGCGAGUCGCGAUGUCAGAAACUUGCUACUUGAGUGGGGCCGUACUGGGUCUCCUAAAACCGCUGCUACCUGUCCACCUCGGUCACGUGCUAAGGUUCCAUGACGCGACGCAUGAAGUUAGAUGCACGUGCGCAACGGGUUGUUGCAAGCAUUUGUUUUCUCAACGCCCCUUACAAGCGACCCGGCACCUAGCCAGAAAGGUGCCUUCUUUGUCUUCAUGAAGACAGUAAUACUUGUGAUUAUUCUAGUUAAAUGGCAUCGAUAUAUCAAGCACGUCAUGGACAUCAUCAAGAAUGACGCAACACAAGCACCUCCAUUUCAAAUAUAUAGGAUCUAUUCACCAAAUAAAUGUUUUAUCAUCCUCGUUUGUGUCCGAGUGUUGACUCGUUAUUC